AUGGGUUCUCAUCUGUCAAAACAAGUAGAAAGAAGAAAAACAAUCCACACCGAAAAGAAAACUCUAACCGAUCUAAAAACCUCCGGAGAAGAAUAUCCGGGCUCCGAAUAUCACCCUCCCGAUAGAAAAAACUGGAUGAAAGAUCUCAAUCCAGACAAGACUCACAUCAAUCAAAUUGUAUGGCCAGGAACACAUGAUUCCGCCACCAACAAAAUUGGAGUCCCACUUAUCACUCGCCCUUUUGCUCAAUGUCAAUCUUUAUCAAUAUAUCACCAGCUUGUUAAAGGAACACGUUUGUUAGAUAUUCGUGUUCAACAAGAUCGACGUGUUUGUCAUGGAAUUCUUGUUACUUAUAGCGUCGAUGUUGUUGUCAAGGAUGUUAAAAGGUUUCUGUCCGAAACUGAGCAUGAGAUUAUUAUUCUUGAGAUCAGAACUGAGUUUGGUCAUGAAGAUCCACCCGAGUUUGAGAAGUAUCUCGAGGAGAAUUUGGGCGAGUUUUUGAUUCAUCAGGAUGAUAAUGUUUUCGGUAAAACUGUGGCGGAGUUGUUGCCGAGGAGGAUCAUAUGUGUAUGGAAGCCGCGAAAAUCGGCUCAGCCUAAAGCGGGGAGUAUUUUAUGGAGUGCGGGGUAUUUGAAAGAUAAUUGGAUCAAUACUGAUCUUCCGUCAACGAAAUUUGAUGGGAAUUUGAAGCAUUUGAGUGAGCAAGCACCGGUUACGGGGAGGAAAUAUUUUUAUAGGGUGGAGAAUACGGUGACUCCGGUGGCUGAUAAUCCUGUUUUGUGUGUCAAACCUGUUACGAGAAGGAUUCAUGGAUAUGCCAGGUUGUUUAUUGCUCAGUGUUUUCAGAAAGGUUUUGCGGAUAGGAUUCAGGUUUUUUCUACUGAUUUUAUUGAUGACGAUUUUGUUGAUGCUUGUGUUGGUUUGACUUAUGCUAGGGUUGAAGGAAAGACAUGA